AGAAACUGUCAAACACAGCAGAAAGAAGCUAGCAUUCUCACCCAGUCACUAACAUCAUUCCUUCUACUAAUACAUCUAUUUCUAGUACAACAAUUUGUACUUCUGCGUGUAACUGAUGUAGCCGUCUCCUCAGAAAUACCUGUUCUCCCCUCUGUCUUCUCAGAUCAUCUCAAGCUUGAGCCUAGAUUAUCUCCAUUUGCAAGAUUGAAAGUUUUCACCUCAAGUCCUUCUUAUCUACUUUUGUUGCAAAAAUAAUAAGCUUGGGAUGCUGGAUAAAAUGUGCAGCUACUGAAGUUUAAAUCAAGAUCUUGGUCUUUUUAUUUUUGAAUAAAACACCAGGCUCUGCCACCCUCACACUCUUCUCUCUGGUCUAUCUGCCUUUACUGUUCUUGAAACCACCAUGUCCACCAACCUGCACUCCCUUAGUCUCUGUCUACCGCUAAAUUUAUUAAUCUGUUCGAUCCUAGGCUUGAGUUUAGGAUUAGAGUUCAUGGGCUUGCCCAGUCAGUGGGCACGUUAUUUACGUUGGGAUGCUAGCACUCGCAGUGAUCUCAGCUUCCAGCUCAGAACCAAUGUUUCUGCUGGUCUUCUGAUCUACUUUGAUGAUGGAGGCAUUUGUGACUUUCUCUGCCUUUCUUUGGCUGAUGGACAUGUUCAACUGCGUUUCAGCAUUGAUUGUGCAGAGACUGCUAUUGUAAGUGACAAGAAAGUUAAUGACGGUGGUUGGCACUUCCUAAUGGUAAGCCGGAACAGGCUGAGAACCACGCUCGUUUUGGAUGGAGAAGCUAUGCCUGGAGACCUCCGACCCCAAAGACAGCACAUGAAUAUUGUCAGCGACUUAUUUGUUGGAGGAGUUCCAGGUGAUAUACGUUCUGGUGCUUUGACCCUUGGUUCUGUCAGGGAUAUGCCUGCAUUUUCUGGAUAUCUGCUUGAUAUAAAAUAUGGAAACACAGAGCCAAGGCUCCUGGGAAGUCAUGGAGCUCAUCUGGACCUAGAGGGGCUAUGCACAGAGAAUCCAUGUGAGAAUGGAGGAGCUUGCCUACUGUUAGAUGGAGAACCCACCUGUGAUUGUACGGCCACUGGAUAUGUGGGAAAAUUCUGCUCAGAAGAUGCUAAUGAUAUUCCAGGUCUGGCCCACUUGAUGAUUGAUGACCAAGUGAGAAGCAAAGCUAGGGAAGAAAAUGUGGCCACAUUCCGUGGUUCCGAGUACUUGUGCUACGACCUUUCUCAGAAUCCCAUCCAAAGCAGCAGCGAUGAGAUCACCUUGUCUUUCAAAACUCGACAAAGGAACGGACUCAUUCUACACACUGGCAAGUCUGCAGACUAUGUCAACCUGGCGCUUAAGGGAGGGGCCGUCUCCCUGGUCAUCAACUUAGGCUCUGGUGCCUUUGAAGCUAUUGUAGAACCAACCAAUGACAAGUUCAAUGACAACGAGUGGCAUGAGGUCAAGGUCACCAGAAAUUUACGCCAGGUUACGAUUUCGGUGGAUGGUAUUCUUACUACUACGGGUUAUACUCAAGAAGACUACACCAUGCUGGGAUCUGAUGACUUCUUCUAUGUAGGGGGCAGCCCAAGCACUGCAGACCUCCCAGGCUCUCCUGUCAGCAACAACUUCAUGGGGUGCCUAAAAGAGGUGGUCUACAAGAACAAUGAUAUCCGCCUGGAACUUUCCCGUUUGGCUAGUAUUGGAGACACAAAAAUGAAGAUAUAUGGAGAUGUGGUAUUCAAGUGUGAGAAUGUAGCUACUCUUGAUCCUAUAAGCUUUGAAAGUCCAGAGGCCUAUAUCAGUCUACCUAAGUGGAACACCAAACGCAUGGGCUCCAUCUCCUUUGACUUCCGUACCACAGAGCCCAAUGGCCUCAUCCUUUUCACCCAUGGGAAACCUCAAGACAGAAAGGAUGUCAGGAGCCAAAAGAACACCAAGGUGGAUUUCUUUGCAGUUGAACUUCUGGAUGGACAUCUCUACCUCCUGUUGGACAUGGGCUCAGGAACCAUUAAGGUGAAAGCCACCAAUAAAAAGGCUAAUGAUGGAGAGUGGUGCCAUGUUGAUAUUCAGAGAGACGGGAGAUCUGGCACUAUUUCCGUAAACACCAAACGGACUCCAUUCACAGCCAGCGGGGAGAGUGAGAUUCUCGACUUGGAAGGGGACAUGUAUUUAGGUGGUCUACCUGAAAAUCGUGCAGGUCUCAUACUGCCCACUGAACUUUGGACUGCCAUGCUCAACUACGGCUAUGUGGGUUGCAUCCGUGACCUCUUUAUUGAUGGUCGCAGUAAAAAUAUUCGACAACUUGCUGAGGCACAGAAUGCAGCAGGUGUGAAGUCAUCGUGCUCUAGAGACAGCGGCAAACAGUGUGACGGUUAUCCCUGCAAAAACAAUGCUGCUUGUAGGGAUGGCUGGAACCGCUUUGUAUGUGACUGUACGGGCUCCGGGCACUGGGGCAGAACCUGCGAAAGAGUGGCCUCUAUUUUGAGCUACGAUGGAGGCAUGUAUAUGAAGAUCAUCAUGCCAGUGGUCAUGCAUACGGAGGCAGAGGAUGUUUCCUUACGCUUUAAGUCCCAGAGAGCGUAUGGGCUAUUAGUAGCUACAACAUCCAGGGACUCUGCUGAUACCUUGCGACUGGAGCUGGAUGGUGGGAAGGUCAAGCUUAUGGUUAACCUAGACUGUAUCAGGAUAAACUGUAACUCCAGUAAGGGGCCAGAGACUCUGUAUGCGGGGCAGAAGCUGAAUGAUAAUGAAUGGCACACUGUUCGUGUGGUUCGGAGAGGAAAAACCCUCAAAUUAACAGUGGAUGUUGAUGUGGCUGAAGGCACAAUGGUGGGGGAUCAUACUCGUCUGGAAUUCCACAACAUUGAGACUGGGUUCAUGACGGAGAAGCGAUUUGCUUCAGCUGUGCCUUCCAGCUUCAUUGGGCAUCUCCAGAGUCUUAUGUUCAAUGGUCUGCUAUACAUCGAUUUGUGCAAGAAUGGAGACAUUGAUUACUGUGAGCUGAAGGCACGGUUUGGCAUGCGCUCUAUAAUAGCGGACCCUGUCACCUUCAGGACGAAGGCCAGCUAUCUGACACUCGCCACUCUGCAAGCUUACACCUCCAUGCACCUCUUUUUUCAGUUCAAGACUAUCUCUCCUGAUGGCUUAAUUCUUUUCAACAGCGGAGAUGGCAAUGACUUCAUUGCAGUGGAGCUGGUGAAGGGGUACAUCCACUACGUGAUUGAUCUUGGAAAAGGCCCUUAUGUCAUUAAAGGCAACAGCGAAAGGCCUCUAAAUGACAAUCAGUGGCAUAAUGUUGUUAUCACAAGAGAUAACAGCAAUACUCAUACUCUGAAAGUAGACACCAAAGUGGUUACACAAAUCAUAAAUGGUGCCAAAAAUCUGGACCUGAAAGGUGAACUGUACAUCGCAGGACUAGCUCAAAAUCUGUACAGCACUGUGCCCAAACUUGUGGCAUCACGGGAUGGAUUUCAGGGCUGUUUAGCAUCGGUUGAUCUUAAUGGACGCCUCCCUGACCUGAUUGGUGAUGCCUUGCACCGCAUCGGGCAGAUAGAGCGUGGAUGUGAAGAUGCUUUGACCAAAGCUAAUCUACAAGGUCCCACCACUACCUGUCAAGAGGAAUCCUGUGCAAAUCAGGGAGUCUGCAUGCAGCAAUGGGAGGGCUUUACCUGUGACUGCUCCAUGACAUCCUACUCAGGGAAUCAUUGCAACGACCCUGGUGCUACAUAUAUUUUUGGGAAAAUUGGGGGUCUAAUCCUCUAUACCUGGCCACAUAACGACAGGCCUAGCACUCGAACAGAUCGCCUGGCUGUGGGCUUCAGUACAACUGUGAAAGACGGCAUCCUUGUACGCAUUGAUAGUGCUCCAGGACUGAUGGACUACCUGCAGCUGCACAUAGUGCAAGGUAAGAUUGGUGUGACCUUUAACAUUGGGUCACAAGACAUCUCAAUACGGGAGGAGAGCGCCCCGGUCAAUGAUGGUAACUACCACGUGGUGAAAUACACGCGAAAUGGAGGGAAUGCUACUCUGCAAGUGAACAACUGGUCAGUCAAUGAACAUUACCCUGGAGGGAACACAGAGCUGCACCAGAAACCCAAAUUGCCCUUUAAAAUAUCUCGUACUCCUGAAGAUGGGCAGCAAGACAAAGGGCUCAGUAUCUCAGGAGUGGAAGAUGGUGUAAGACUUCUGAAUCCUGAGUUCAAGAGAAUGGGAGCUGCAAUUCCAAAAGGCAUAAGCUGGUCACCAGUUGCCCCAUUCAAAAUGGACACAAAAACAAAUCUAAUGGGGCGACCACUCACCAUCUUCAACACUCAAGCACAGAUAGCAAUUGGAGGGAAGGACAGAGGGCGUCCAUUCCAAGGCCAGCUUUCUGGUCUUUAUUACAAUGGCCUCAAAGUGCUGAGCAUGGCAACAGAGCCCAAUCCUAAUAUAAAUAUCACUGGCAGUGUAAGGCUCAUGGGAGAAGUCCCUUCCAUCCAUGGUACAACACCAACCACAUCUAUGCCUCCUGAGAUGUCUACAACCAUUAUGGAGACCACAACAACGUUGGCCACCACUACAACAAGGAAGAACCGGUCCUCACCAGGGUCGACGCUAACAGACGAUAUAGGCUCAUCAGCAGAAUGUUUCAUCAGCAGCGAUGAUGAAGAUGUGACUGAUUGUGAUACAGGCACAGGUACGUCAGGAGAUGAAUUAGUAAUUCCAGUCCUUGUAGAGGAUCCUUUAGAUAUUCCCUCUGUAGCUACACGUGCACCUUCCAUCACUCUCCCCCCUACCUUCCAACCACUCCUCACCAUAAUUGAGACCACCAAAGAUUCCCAGUCUGUGACCCCUGAAGAGGGGUUACCUUGCUUGUCGGACCAAGGCAGCGAUGGUUGUGAUGAUGAUGAUGAUGGCUUGGUGAUAUCUGGGUAUGGCUCAGGGGAAACCUUUGACUCUAACCUGCCCCCUACUGAUGAUGAAGAUUUUUACACCACCCUCUCCUUGGUAACAGAUAAGAUCCUUUCCACAUCAUUCUUCGAUGGUGGCUUCAAAUCACAGGCGCCCAAAUGGGGAUCAAAGGACUUUAAACUUAACAAAGUCUCUGAACCUGGUAGGACUUCUACCACAAGUUUGCCCCCUGAGCUGAAACUCUCCACGUCUUCUUCUGGGAUGGUGCCCAUGGUGCCUGCUGGCAACAUGAAUAACCAUGAGCUCAAACCCCAUCCUGAUAUAGUCUUGCUAUCGUUACCCACUGCCUACGAGCUAGACAGCACCAAGCUCAGGAGUCCAUUAAUAACAUCCCCCAUGUUCCGUAAUGUGCCCACAGCAAAUCCCACAAUGCCGGGAAGCAGACGAGUCCCGGGGGCUUCUGAGGUGGUACGGGAGUCCAGCAGCACGACGGGGAUGGUCGUUGGCAUUGUGGCAGCCGCCGCCCUCUGCAUCUUGAUCCUCCUAUAUGCCAUGUACAAGUACAGAAACAGAGAUGAGGGGUCCUACCAGGUGGAUGAGUCGCGGAAUUACAUCACCAACUCUGCACAGAGCAAUGGAGCCCUGGUGAAGGAAAAACAACACAGUUCUAAGGGCAACCACAGCAAGCAGAAAAAUAAGGACAAGGAGUAUUAUGUUUAAAGAAUUUAUAUUUAAUAAUUAAAGAGACACUGGUGUGAACAAUACUCAAAUGGCAAAGGCAAAAUAAACUUUGCUAGCAUUCUAUAGAAACAUUUAUGCCUGCAGACAGUAGCAGCAUUGUCCUGCGAGUGUGAUACAGUGAACUGGCUGCCUUGUGCUGGAGGCACAAGUAAGGGAAAAUUGAUAUUAUUCUGCCAUGGCUGCAAACAACUGACUUUUUGCUCCACCAUGACUGGAGCUCAACUGUAAUAUAAAGCACACUUAACAUUUGAUUUGCCAUGGAGGCAAAAACAACAAAAUAUUAUAUAUAUAUAUAUACACAAAUAUAUAGACAAAACGGAAAGUGUUUAGUGAGCUCCAGUUUUACUGCUCUCUCCCCAAGCUGCGUGGACCCAGCUCAGAGGAAACCCUUGGCUCCACCAUACCGCUACUUUGAGAGAGCCUUAAAUAAUAUAACAAUGUCAUUGACUCUGAACCAUACUGAUGCUUUUAUUUAAAGUAUUAUGUGUCCUUUUUCCAUUUUUAUGUUUCUCGCUUUGUUUUUGAUUUUUUUUUUGAAAGCUGAAAUAACUUUAUUUCUGAAUACAACCACCACAUGGCCAUUCUAGCCAUGUACAGCCAAGGAACUUUAGAUUCCAUGUAUUAAACCAGUGUGACUGAGCAACUGAGUGAAUGUGUAUGUGCGCAGGACAGUGCGUGGCGUGACUGUACAUAGAGACUGUUGCCAUACAGAAAUCAUGGUGUGUUCUCUCUACAUAUCAGAUUGUGAUGUCUUAUUAGAACAUAUUGUUUCUCAGUAUGUUUAAAGAAUACACAAAAACUCUAUCGCCGUUGGCCAUUUCAUGUCAAAGAUUUGGCCUAGAUCUGUAAAUAUGCAGAACUUUGCUACAGGGCGUAAACAGCCUAUGUGAAGAUUAGCCGCCAUCCACCUAAUCUAGUUACAGCCAAACAGCAACAAAGAUGAGCCGGCAACAAAAAAGAAAAAAAUAAUCACAACAAAAUAGCUCCCUCUGUAAAGGGGAGGUAAAAAAAAUCAGAGACUUUUUCUUUUGCGUUCCGGUUUUGGGACUUCCUGCGAUGCAUGCAAAAGUAAAAAACAAACAACUGACAUAUUAAAUAAAAUUAAAAAAAAGAACUGAUUGUGAACAGAAGAAACCGUAUGAUGGGAAAAAAAAGAGGUCACAAAAGCCAAAAUGUGUUCUUAAAUGGAAUGAGUAAGAACUAAAAGUAUUAUUUUCCUUUUCAAAAUGAAAUGUAUAUGUGGAA